CUUGUUCAGGUGCCCGUAUGGUGCUGGGAAACCUAAGAGAAGCGUACAUUCUCUGUCUGUGUUUUGUGACUUCAUAAUGAUGUCUACUUAUUUGGUUGCCAGUGUACAGAUAAUUGCCAUAACCUUAAGCCUGCUAAACAACACGGAAGCCAAAUUCAACGUACAGAAGCGAUCUUGUGCUUUCGUACCGACGCGCCCCUACUCUCGACUGCAGGACCCGCUCAACGUCCUCGAUCUGCCACAGUUCCCAGGGGCCGGUUGCAUCACAUACCAGGCUGUGGAUGCGGCGCUCCAAAGUGCGUUGGCAGCAAGAGGGAACUUACGACGGCCCGUGGGAGCGUGGGAGCCCGAAGACAUAGCUCCUUUAGGGGAUAUUCUGCUAGACACGACACGGAUCUUGGCCACAACAUACGGCCUAAGCUCCGAGGAGGUAUGGACGCUGCUGCCCGAGGUGGACGUGGGCAAGACGCUCGUGGCGAGGUACUGCCCUGACUUCGCCUCCCCUAUGACCUGCGUGCCGGGCAGAUACAGGCGCCAUGAUGGACUCUGCAAUAACCUGCGUUUCCCGACGUGGGGCGCCACCAGAGCUGCUUUUGCGAGACUGGUCCCCCCGGCGUACAGCGAUGGCCUUGGAGCGCCACGAGAGAGCCAUGUCCCCGGUGGCACCCUUCCAAAUCCACGCCGGGUAUCAUCCAGCAUCCACCGCGACGGAGGCUACCACGACCACGCCAUCACGCUCUUCGUCGUCGCCUGGGGGCAGUUCAUGGACCACGACUUCACCCUCACUGCCACGCCCCUCGAUCCCCUGACGAGGAACGAGCCUGAAGUGUGCUGUCACCCUCCUCCAGGAAUCCCAAAGGACCCCCACUGCCUGGAGAUCACUAUCCCGAAGGACGACAGAUUUUACAAGUUGUAUGGACAAUCCUGCCUCGAGUUCGUCAGGGCCUUUUCGGGCGUCAGGCAAGAUUGCAAGUUGGGUCCUCGCGCACCCUUCAAUAUCCUUGCUGGUGUGAUUGACGUCAACACGGUCUAUGGCAGCACUGACGAACACGCGAGGACCUUGAGGUUGUUCAGGGGCGGCAAAAUGCGGAUGAACAACGUCUUCGCUGCCUUGGGCCUCCGUGAACUCCUGCCGCAGAAGCUGGACACUCCCGACGAAGGAUGCACGAGGACCUCUCCGAACCAGUUCUGCUUCGAUGCCGGAGAGAUUCGAGUCAACGAGCAGCUAAUCCUGACCACCAUGCACACCCUGUGGUUCCGAGAGCACAACCGACUGGCGGGUCGAUUGGCGAAUCUCAACCCACACUGGGAUGAUGAGACCCUCUACCAGGAGGCACGGCGCAUAGUCAUCGCUGAAGUCCAACACAUCACUUUCAACGAGUUCCUUCCCCUGCUGUUGGGGGAGGAAGUCAUGGCCAAAUAUGGACUUCUUCCUGAGAAAGAGGGCUAUUAUCACGGCUAUGACCCCACGGAGGACCCCAGCAUGACGGCGGGCUUCGUCGGCGCCGCCUUCAGGUUCGGCCACUCGCUCCUCCCGUCGACGGUCGAGCGAUGGAGCUCCUCGCAUGCGAUCAUAGGAUCCAAGCGAUUAAGCAAACUGAUCCGACAGCCGUGGGACCUAUACAAGGCAGGCGUUCUAGACCAGUACUAUCUAGGACUCAUGAACCAGCCAGCCCAGGCCAUGGACCCACACAUCACACAGGAGGUCACCAACCACCUGUUCGAGGACCCCGGCGAACACUUCGGGAUGGACCUUGUGUCACUCAAUAUCCAGCGAGGCCGAGAGUUCGGUAUUCCCGGCUACACAGCGUACAGAAAGUACUGCGGUCUGUCUCCCGUCCAUGACUUCCAGGAUCUUGCCCGCCACAUGACCAAUGUGACAGCUUACCGAUACAGUCAGCUCUAUAGCCACGUAGAUGACAUCGACCUCUGGAGCGCUGGGGUGUCCGAGCGCCCCCUGGCCGGCUCCCUGCUCGGCCCGACCUUCUCCUGCAUCGUCGCCACGCAGAUGCGGAGGCUGCGGCGUGGCGACAGGUACUGGUACGAGACGCCGGGGCAACCGUCGUCGUUUUCUAUGCACCAGCUGGAGUCCCUGCGUCAGGCUAGCUUGGCGCGGGUGCUAUGCGAUAACACGGAUCAGCUGGUCACGCUACAGCGGUACCCGAUGGUGUUGGUCGACCAUGUCAUAAACCCUCGAGUGUCUUGUUCGAACAGCCUACUUCUUCCAGACGUUGACCUGAGUCCUUGGCAAGACCUCCCUCACUGACGGGAUCAAGUUGCAUCAUAUCCCAAGCAAAGCCUCCCAUUCUGAGAGCCAAACUAUGCCAAGAGAGUGCCAACAGAAAAUGCAUAUUCUACGAUGAAUAAAAUAAAUUAUUAAGCAGUCAUAACGACUACGAGGAGUAGAUAUUAUGGGUAUCUUGAACUCAACAUAGAUGGUAAUUGAUACACACACACACACACAUACAAAUAAACGCACAGUAUGCAUGUUUAUUCGACGUAAUCUUACUGAAGAAGCAAAAUUCCAUUAAAAAUGCAACUUACUGUCGUCAGUAGGAUUACAUUUGAACUCGGACUAGAUUGUACGCCCAUGAAUAUGAGCACCACAGAGAAUAAAGCAUGUUACCUUCUGAGUCCAAUAUUCUGAAACAGAAAGAAAGGAGAAGGGGGGAGGGAGAGAGGGAGGGAGAAAAGGAGGGAGAGAGAGGGAUAAAGAGGGAGAGAGAGAGAGAAAGAGAGAGAGAGAGAGAGAGAGAGAGAGAGAGAGCAGCAUUCGGACUGAAAAAUCGUAAAAAAAUACAAAUACAUAUAAAUAGAAUUAUAGCUGAAUGCGUAUAAAGAUAUUUUAUGAAUAAGGAAAAAGAAAGCUUUGAGAAAUGAAACUAACACUUUUUCUCGAAAAAACAAAACAAAUCAUCGAAAGUAACUCUCAUACAGACCAUAUGCUUCUAUUUCGAGGUUAAAAGCAUAAAACUUUUUUUUUCGACCUAAUGGUUUGCAAACAUUGAGAGUAUGCAGGGUACAUAUAGGUCCUACCUUUGUUACUAAUAUUAGUGAUGUGUGUUAUAAUAAACAUAAAACUACAUGUA